GGGGGCUCGAGGAGGAGGCUGGCAGCGAGGAGCAGAGCAGCUCUCACACUUUCUGUCACACUGAAGCAGCUCCGAUCCCGACAGAAAUCAAAGAGCUGCGUUUGAGCGUCAGGAUCGGCUUGGACGAUGGACGCGGAGGAGCUCACGGAUGAGGAGAAGGAGAUCAUCAACAGCGUGCUGGCCCGCGCGGCCGUGAUGGAGGCCACGGAGCACCAGAGGAUCCAGCGUCUCUCCAGCCGCCUGGAGGACAUCCGGAGGACGGCGCGGGGGGACGGCCGGUCGCACUGUCUGCUCUGCGGGGCGUCCUUGGGUCCGCAGGGGGUCACGGCGGCGCUCUGCGUGCGGUGCAAUAAACACAUGUGCAGCCAAUGUGGGAUCAACGGCAGCAGCAGGACGAGUCCUGUGUGGCUGUGCAGGAUCUGCAAUGAGCAGCAAGAGGUACAGAAGCGCUCUGGAGCUUGGUUCUUCAAGGGAAGAGUCCAGCAGGCUCUGCCCGACCCGCUGCCUCUGUCCGGGCCGCCGCAGUCCGGCACCGAGGACGGUUCUGGUCCCCGGGAGCCUCAUCGGGGAUACGGUGCGACAAUGAACACGUGUACUCUUGAGACGGCCAGGACAACAGCCGAGGGCCAUGACGAGGGUCCUUCCUGUCCCGCCGUGGGGACGGAAACCGAGAGACCCGCCUCCAAACCACCCGGAGCCAACGCACAGCAGGUGGCCCUCGCCUCAGGUGUGGAAAACAAACGCCCCGGGAGGGAGGAGACGGCGUGGCCUCCAGCUGCAGAGGAGAAGAGACCACCGCGUGUUCCCGCCACCAGAACCGAUCCACCGGGCAACGGCACGGCCCCCCCGCAGCCCCCACCGGACCGGACGGAGGACUCGGACGACUCGGACGACUCCACCACUCUGGGAUCUCUGGAGUUCAGCCUCCUGUACGACCAGGAGCACCACGCCCUGCACUGCUGCAUCGCCAGGGCCAAGGGUUUAAAGCCGAUGGACUCCAACGGGCUCGCCGACCCGUACGUGAAGCUGCACCUCCUACCCGGAGCCAGUAAGUCCAACAAGCUUCGCACCAAGACCCUGAAAACCACCCUGAACCCGGCGUGGAACGAGACCCUGGUCUACCACGGCAUCACCGACGACGAGAUGUCCCGCAAGACUCUCCGGCUUUCGGUGAGCGACGAGGACAAAUUCGGACACAACGAGUUCAUCGGGGAGACGCGGGUCGCUCUGAAGAAACUGAAGUUCAACCAGAAGAAGAACUUCAGUGUGUGUUUGGAGCGAGUCGUCCCGGUGAAGAAGGCGGUCGGAGGGUCGGUCCGGGGCAUGGCGCUCUACGAGGACGACGCCAACGAAGCUGAGGAUUCAGAGGAGAGGGGUCGCAUCCUGGUGUCGUUGACCUACAGCAGCCAGCAGGGUCGCCUGAUCGUGGGCGUCGUGCGCUGCGCUCACCUCGCCGCCAUGGACUCCAACGGGUACUCCGACCCGUUUGUCAAAAUAUGUCUGAAACCAGAUAUGGGGAAGAAAGCUAAAAACAAGACCCAGAUCAAAAAGAAGACCCUCAAUCCAGAGUUUAAUGAGGAGUUUGGUUAUGAAAUAAAGCACGGUGAAUUAGCCAAGAAAACCCUUGACAUCUCGGUGUGGGACUACGACAUGGGGAAGUCCAACGAUUUCAUUGGAGGAUGCCAGCUGGGCAUCCAGGCCAAAGGGGAGUGUUUGAAACACUGGUACGAGUGCCUCAAGAACAAAGACAAGAAGAUCGAGCGCUGGCACGUCCUGCUGAAUGACAACAGCGCGCAGUUUGAGGAUUAACGCGCCUCCCCUCCGCUCCUCCGGCCAUCGUGUUGUCCAAUGUUGUCUUCCUGUGACGGUAGACGGAAACCAUCCUCCAUCUUCUACGUAGUUUGUCCCCAAAGUUGCGAUGUGCACGCUACAUUGUCCGCCAGCUUUCAGGUGACCAACAUGGAUGUCGACCUCGGGGCUCUUUUCACGACUGAACUUUUUUUCAAUGUUGUUAUCAAACCAUAAAGUGUAUCAUGUAAUAAAUGAAGCGUACCUGACUAUGAUUGAAUGGAGGCGUUACGGAGACGAUACAGCCCCCUGUUAUCAUUGUCGUUAACACAGUAUGUUGUAAUGAAUAGUGCCUGCGGGCUCGGACCCAUCACAGGAAAUCCCCCCUUUCUCCUGACCUCGUGUUGAUCCGUGUGCAUGGGAUCAUGUCACGCGUGUCAGCUGACCUGUGUUAUUGUACAUCACACAUUAAAUAUUAAGAGGGACGAUGGCAGAUGUUUGAUGUGAACAAACUCAUUUCAUGUUGUUGUUGAUGUUUAAUGUCUUCACCUGUGCAUGUGUGAGCUUCUUGGAUUAAGCAACGUCCCCAAAAAAUGCAUUAAAAAUAUUAAAUGAUGGCGGGUUCACAAUGAUGCACGUCAUAUUGUAGCGUCCACAUGGCUGAUGAAUAAAGACAUCGUGGCACUUA